GCUGUGAGGGAAAGGGGAAAUGAAGGAGUAAGAAAGAGUGAAAACACUGAUUCAGGCUCUGCUCAGAUGAAAAGAAAGCAGGCAUGGUUGCAGCUAAACGGGAGGACGGAACAAGGAGUGGGUGAGGGAAAACGCUGUAUCCCUCAUCUGCACACGGAAACCACUGGAUCAUUUAUAAGCCUCUCAGUGAGUGUGUUUGUGAGGAGGAGGGAGCACUGCUGAGCUCACCACCAUGCUGGGUCCUGCUGCUGUCAGUGCAGCUGUCUGGCUGCUGGCUGCGUUAGGCCCGGGCCUGUCUCAGCCAGAUGAGCACAGCCCCAGCCAGGGCUUCAGCCUCUGCAGAGACUGCUUCUACCGACAGACGCCUCCUCGGGGAGGCCCUGCGGGGCUGCAGCUGCGCCCGCGAUGCCACAGGCUGCCCGGGGGACAGGCGUUUGCCACCGUGUCCACGCCGACCUGUGACACGGCUGUCUACACCGCCUUUCGUCUCAGCCGCGGAUGGACAGGGAUGGGGGAGGAGAUAGUGACGGAGGAAGAAGUCGACGGCAUCAAAAUCCCGGCUCUUCUCAGAGGAGCUGGAGCUCCGUCUCAUCCUGUCUCCCCCACAGACACCCUUCUGCAGCACUGGGAUUCAACAGUGGCAGCACUUGUCCAGUCGAGCGUCUUACCCCAGUGCAACACUUUGAGGGGUGACAUCUACAUCCUGAUAGGAGCGGGGCGACUUGGAGCAGCUGAGCGUGGAGGUGAGGAGUGUCGGGCGAAGCUGCUGUGGUCUGCAGUGUGCUGUUCUCCUCCAGAGGGGAAAGCUGCCUUUAGUUUAGGGUUAAUCAAAGAGACAACAGAGAAGGAGAGGCCAGCGAGCAUGAAGGAGCUGGAGGAGGUGCUGGGAGGAGCUGAGCUGUUCUCCGAACGCUGUGGAGGAGAAGAACAGGCGACAGCUGCAGUCAGCGCGGGGCUUCAGAGUAGAGGAGAUGAGGUAAAGGCUGAAAAAACAGAUGCUAGAGACGUGAAUUCAGGAAAUGGCAAAGAUGAAGUUGUGAAGAAGAGCAGAGAUGCACUAGCAACAUCUGAUCAGGUGGCAGGUGUUGAUGCUCCUCCAGAGGAACUUUCUGCAGAUCCAGAUCAACAGCAGGAGGACCAGGAAACCACCAGUGAAGAAGACACAGACUCAAACACCACAAGCACGCUGGUCUACAUCCUGUCCACCGCUAUGUCCAUUGUCCAAGCUCCUCUGCGGCCUGUGUUCUCCACCCUCACACAGUUACCUGAGCAGGUGGUCUACGUUCUUCAGGAGGAUCUUGCUGUUCUCUCUGCUCUGCCGGGAGACACCUUCACCGUCUUCCAGCUUCUCUCCUCUGACCUUCUGUCCUGGAUGAGCUCAGCCACAGAAAUGCUGUAUGGUAUCGGAGAAACCUGCUUCUCCGGUGCUUACCACUGCACCUCCUCGAUGGGAGAGGCCCUGCUGAGCAGCUGCUAUGCUGGAGUCACGGGGGUGGGCGCUCUGGCUGGAGACACAGUGGGAAUAUUUGGUGACUUGUUGGAUAAUGCCUGGUCUGUGACCAGGUUCUUUGGAGGACGUUUAUGGGAGCAGACUGAGGGUUAUGUGGGAACAGUGGUGUCAGAGCUGGGGGGUCAGGUUCAAACUGUAGGUGGGGGGUUUGGGAAGCUGGCCUGGAAAAGUGGAAAGGGAGCGGGUAAUGUGUUAAAGUUAGGAGGGGUUUAAUCAAGCGGGUGGCAGAUUCGUUUGUCGGUACAGUGAGAGAGGCCUUUGGCCAGCAGUCAGAAUGAAGGGAGGAAAAGACCCCACAAAUACAUUUUUGUUUAUUUUUGGUUUGUUGAAUUCUUUAGGUUUUUGGAAUGGUGAAGAUUUCUGAACAUGAUGUCAUUAGAAGGAUUUCCCGAUGUUUUUUUUAGAGGAAAAUGGGUACCACUUCACCAUGAGGCUCCCGUUAUAAAUGUCUUAUAGUGUAUAGAUAUGUUAUAGUUGUGUUAGCAGUAGCUCAGGAGGUAGAGUGGCCCGUCCAGUAACCGGAGGGUUUCAGGAUCGAUUGCAGCUCCCAGCAGGGAAUUCUGCUGUUGUGUCCUUGGGCAAAACACUUAAUCCACCUUGCCUGCUGGUGGUGGUCGGAGGGACGGUGGCGCCAGUGCUCGCCUCUGUCAGUGUGCCCCAGGGCAGCUGUGGCUACAGUGUAGCUCAUCACCAUCAGCGUGUGAAUGGGUGAAUGAUUGUAGAGCAGGAGUAUUUAAUUUCAGCAUGUUUUAGUGGUUUCUCUGCUCCAACACACUAGAUUCAGUGGUUGAGUCACUUGUGCAGCAGCUCAUCAGGCUCUGCAGACAACAGAACAGGGCUAAAACUAAAACCUGCUGGGUACCGGCCCUCCAGGACCAGAAUUGAACAUCCCUGCUGUAAAGCGCUUUGGAGUCCUCUGACUCUGACCGGCGCUAUAGGAGUGCGGCUCAUUUAUCCGUUAUCAUUUAAUUAAUCUGUAAACAUCUUUUUAAGUAUGUGUCAUUGUAAAUAAUAUUGUUACACAUUAAGACAAACGAAACAGACCAGUUUCUUGCAGAAUUGUGAGCUGGUUUUUUGUGGUGAAAAAGUGAAAUAUUAUAUAAAACAUGUGUUUACAAAUGCUCAAUGUGCUUAAAAUUUACUUAAUCACAUGUUUUAUAUAACAAGUCUAGAUGAAAUGUAUGGGAGAGAACAGUUUUGUUUCACUAUUGGGCAAGAAACCAAGUAAUUUUCUCUCAUCUCACUGUUAUUAAUUCUUGAUAGUUUGCUUUUACAUAUUAUUAAUAACAUAUCUUUAAACUGUUAUUCAGGCAGUUACAAGGGGAGCCUUAUUGUAAAGUGGUGCCCAAAAAUGUGAUGAAUGUCAAAUGUCAUACAAUGUAGAUCUAAACAGUUCACUGUAAAAAAAAAAAAAAAAAAAAAAAGCUGCUCUGAUUAUCUGACAGCUCUGGAUUAAAAAAAAACACUGCACUCAUUUUGUUUGGAUGGGAACACUCAGCUCAACUUGUGUGUUGCUAUGGCAUCUGUGCAUUUAAAUAAAAGAUGCUGGUUGAUGAUU